AUGCCUCAGCUGAAACCGCUUCCGGACUGUGAAGGUCCCAAGCUCGAGUGUUUCAUUGACGACAUCACGACCUGCGACUUUAAACUUCUCGGACCUCUAGGCUCUGGGUGUCAUUCCCAAGUUUGGAAGGCUGAAAUUAACGGCAAAGUCUAUGCUAUCAAGAUGUUCUUUCAUCUCGGGGCACACGAGCCAAGCUUCCUCAUGGAUCCUAUUGACGACGAUUUCCCAGACCCAGACGAACCGGAGCCCCUCGUAGCAAGCAGCAAGAUUUCUCAACCGACGAUCGAUAGUCUCCGCCUCCAUGCGACCUCAUUCUAUAACGAAUGCCGUGUCUUUGGGCGUCUGAAGGAGCUGGGACGUGAGGACCUCGCUAUCAAGGCCUAUGGAUACCUGCAAUUUGAUCUCAGCGACGACAAGGUCCAGCGACAUUUCCUACCAUUUGGAAACGGCGCGAGAAGACAUCUGGCCUCUCUAGGGAACAAAGACCCCACCGAUGUAGAUGUGAUCCGCCGCACCAUGCAGCACGACGAUCUCCGCAUACCCAUGAUGGCCAUUGUCAAAGAGUGGGUGCACUCUUUCGAGGGCACAAAGUGGGUGCAACUUAUCGGGGGAGACUCGGCGUCACGGGAAUCGGUCAAGAGAGACAUUGGACACCUGCCUCGACUGCUGCGUAAUCUUCGAGAGCUGCACAAGUCAGGCAUCGUGAUUCGAGAUCUCAAGUGGCAGCAGUACCUAGACGGACAGCUUGUAGACUUCAGCUUCGCCUGGACUAUACCACAUAUCUUCGGUCCAGAGAGCGGCCUCCGACCCCGCUGGACCUUUGAGAGCAUGGCGGCAUGGGACCUUAAAUGUUUCCAAACCAUUCUCAAUGAGUUCGACGAUAGAGCAGAAACUUCAGUGCCGCGCCUACGGAAACAUAACCUCGUGGCAUGGCAAAGCGACGAUAUGUACGAACGCCUUCGGCCCAGGCCUCAGUUGUACGGGCCUGCCCUUCCCAUGCUCGUCUACGACGGCAACUUUCAACCCAUGGUGCACCACCCGCCUUUUGACCCCGCCAAGUUCAACUGGCGGGCUGUCCAGAAGUUAACAAAGAAGGGUGCCACCAGGCGCGUCACCAAGACAAAGGCACCUCAAAGAAGAGCGCUAAGAGAAGCGUCAAAGGAGAGAAGAACGAAAUGA